AUGAAUAACACUACAGCCUCUAACAACGUCUCCGCCGCGAUGCCGGUAUGGAAUACCGAUGUCGGCAUAUUCGUCUUCCUCUCCAUCACCGGUCUGAGUUUCAACGGAAUACUGGUGGUAACCUUUCUCGUUAACCGUCACCUAUGGAGGCCCUUCAACAUCUACCUCUUUAACCUGCUCUUCGCCAACCUGUUGUUUUUCAUCACGGUAUCUGGUUUCAACAUUGUGCAAAAUUUGUACGGCACGUGGCUGUUAAAUUCCGCUUGUUGUACCGUGUAUCUGUAUGGUGGGUGGGUGGUGACACUGGUGCAAUCAAUCAUACAUCCGCUGAUCGCCAGCAACCGCAUUUGGGCCCUGUGGGCGCCCAUCAGUUACCGACAUUACCAUGGCUACCAGGCGGCCAUUGGUCUGUGUAUGGUCACGUGGAUCUGUGCCCAUAUCAUCGGGUUGUGGGGCGUGUUGACUGAUCAUCUCUACUAUCGGAAAUUCGAGGAGACCCAUGCAUGUCAAAUCGAUACGGAUACGAACGCCAGUCAAAGAGUCUGGAUGCUGAUUAUGCAGUUUAUCAGUUUGGCGGCGGUUGUGACGAUUGUCGUUGCCUUUCCGUUGAUUGUAUAUAAAGAUCAUCAACGGAAGAAGAUUCGCGAAGGAAUUACGGCGGUGACGACGGGAAAUGGAGGUAAUACAACGGAACAGAAGCCGCAGGGGGAAACCGGUCGAGCCCAGAGCGUUGCGACAGUGCAAAACCAUUUCAACACGCAGUCGACUCCGGGAACAGCAUUGCCACGUAAUCCCAAAGAGCGCCCCAACGCCCACACCCUUCUCCUCUUUGUACUGACCGUUAGUGUUUUCAUUUUCUGGUCUCCAUCCGUCUUCUACUAUGCGAUUAUCCCAUUUACCGGCUAUCGGAAUCCGACGGUGGAAAAUGUCGUCAUGAUUAUGUUCAAUGUACAGUCGAUACUGGACCCGAUUUUGUUCACGCUCACCUUACAUAAUUUACGUAACACCGUGAUCAGUACAAUCUGCUUCUGGAAACGCUGUUUGCGAUAA